UAACCUUUCAUUCAGUCAAUCGACUUCGUCCAGCUGGUGUGGACGUGCUUCUGGUUAUUGCAUUAAUACUGUCAAUUGAAACUUGUGCAUUUGUUCAAAGUUCGUCGUAACUAGUCCAAGCAUAAUUUUAAAUCUAAUUUUUUUUCGUCUGAUCUGUUGCUACAUCUGUCUUUUUGGAAAGCAAUCACAGUGAUGGCUUCGAAGCUGAAGAAGGAAAAUAUCGCAAUCAUCGGCAGCGGCUUGAUCGGUAGAUCUUGGGCCAUGCUGUUUGCCGGUGUCGGCUACCAGGUCACUAUUUUCGACAUCAUUCCGGAGGUGGUGGAAAAAGCCCUGCAACAAACCCAAGAAGAACUGAACAAUCUGGAACGGGACGGCCUGUUACGGGGAACACUUUCAGCUAGCGAACAGUUCACCUGCAUCCGCGGGUCUCAUAACCUGAAGGAAGCUGUGAAUGGAGCUUUUUUCCUGCAGGAGUGCGUUCCGGAGAAUUUGGAAUUGAAGAAAAAGCUGUACACUGAUUUGGAUGCCGUCGUUGGUCCGAACACGAUCAUUUCUAGUUCGACCAGUACUUUCCUUCCUUCGCUGUUCAGCAAGGAUUUGAAACACAAGGACCAGGUAUUGGUUUCUCACCCCGUCAAUCCACCGUAUUACGUUCCUCUGGUAGAGAUCGUUCCGGCUCCCUGGACAAAACCAGAGUACAUUCAAAGAACACGUGAACUGAUGACCGAAAUCGGCCAGAAGCCAGUAACAUUGUCACGCGAAAUCGAAGGAUUUGCCCUCAACCGUAUACAGUAUGCCAUCCUGAAUGAAACCUGGCGACUGGUAGCCGAUGGUAUACUGAACGUAAAAGACAUCGAUAGUGUAAUGUCCGAUGGUUUGGGAAUGCGAUACGCAUUUUUGGGCCCACUAGAAACGGCUCACUUGAAUGCCGAGGGAAUGCUGAGCUAUUGUGAUCGAUAUAGCAAAACAAUAUUCGCAGUCAGCGAGACUAUGGGACGGACCCCCAAGAUGGAGGGUAAGGUGGCGCAGCAGGUUGCCAAACAGCUGGAAGAAAUGGUUCCAUUAAACCAACUGUCCGAGAGACGAGCCUGGCGGGAUUCCUGUCUCACUAAGUUGGCACAGUUGAAGAAGAACAUUUGAAUGUGGCAGGAUUAGGUUUUAAUGCAUUGCAUGGCGGAAAAAUACACGAGCAAGUCAUUUUGUUUAUCGACGUAUAAAUCUUUUUAACUUGCGAAAUAAAUUUUAUUUCAAAUAUCAA